AAUGUGGAUUUAAAAUUACAUUAAUUCGAAAUUAAUAUAACAAAAUUUAUUAAUCCAAUUAAUAAACUAAUUAGGGAUACUUUAUAAUUAAAUUGAUUCUGAAUCAAUGUAUACAAUCAAAUUGAUUCUGAAUCAAUGUAUACAGCCCAAAAGAAAAGCCCCAAUUCCUUUUCCUUCUCUAUUCUGUCUCACUGCAUCAACGAAUUAUCUAACCAAUUAGUAAACAAUCACCAAUUCCAAAUCAUCACUUGUGUUUCGAGCUUUACAUCCUCAAUUAUCCAAUCAAUAAAAUGGAUGCUAAAACAAUCAAAGAGGAGAAGGCUGAGGUAGAGAUCUGGCAGUAUGUAUUCGGCUUCACACCAAUGGCCGUAGUGAAGUGCGCAAUCAAGCUCGAAAUCGCUGACGCCGUCGAGAGCCACGGUGGCGCCAUGUCUCUGCCCGACCUCGCCUCCGCCGUCGGCAGCAUCAUGCGGUACUUGACCCACCGCGGCUUCUUCGAGCUCAACAAAUCCACAAAUCAAUGCUCCAACACUCCCUCGUCUGCGGAAUUUGCGCUUGCGAGAAGCCAAUCAGUGACUCGUUCCAGAUCCACGGCUGCAACCACUCCUACUGCACGCGAUGCGUCUCCAAUUACGUUGCGGCGCGGCUACAGGAGAGCAUAGCCGCCAUCGGCUGCCCCGUCCUCAGUCCCCGUCGAUACGACGCCUCUACUCUCAGACCAGAUCUUCCGCCCCACCGUCGCCCUCGCUCCCCCCGCCUCCGAGAAGCAGCUGCCGAUCAAAUCGAGGAGUUGCAGAGAGAUUGGGGGGAAGUUGGUGUUGAAAAGAGGUGGCUGCUGACUUGUCCUUAUUGAGCACUUAAUGGUCCUUGCAGGUCUGGUCUUUAAGGGAUGGAGAGAAGAAUGGGCUAUGGGUCUUGGGUCAAGGCCGUGGCUGAUGGCUCGGCUAGUUGGCCAAGAAAUGUACACAUCUUUUUGUAUUGUAGUUGUGUGGUUUAAAUCCAUUAUUUAAUCAUGAACUACUCUACUGAGCUUUGUACAUAGAAUACUCUACCUCUAUUAUCUUAUAGUGUAACUUUAC